GAGGAGGAAGAAGCAGAAGAAGCAGCCGGCGGGGGCCGGGACGCAGCCCCGAGGGGUGCGGGAGUGACCUGGGGCCGGACCCCUGACCGCAGGCACGCCCCAUGCCAGCCUCUCAGCCCGACAGGCACCCCGGCCCCUGCCCGCCGGCCCUCGGCGCGGGCCCUGCGGCCGUGCCGGAGCGCAGUGAGACCCCGACCUGAGCCGGGCUCGGAGCCACCCCAGCGCGGUGACAGCUCUCCGAGCAGCAUCCCCGGAGGAUGGAAGAGAAAAGAAUGCUGUGUGACUUCUCUGAAGAGGAGAACCUUACCAGUUCCAGGGAGGAGAGCACUGAAGGUGAUAUGAAGACAUUUUGGACACAAUUGGGAGGUAGAAGAGUGGAUGUCAUAUUUGAACAGGUGCAAAAUGUGCUGUCAUUGCUGAAGGAAAAGAUCAAGAAUGGAACUGCAACAAACCAAGAAUGCUGGCAGGCUUGCGCACUGGUGAAUGAAGCUAAUCUAGGUGAUCUCUUAACCUUGGCAAAUGUAAGUGAUGAGUUGAAUGGAGAUGGUGCACAGGAAACCAGACCCACACUGCAGCCUCUUCUUCCAGAUGACAAUGCUGCAGACACUGUAGAAGUUUCUGACAGCGAGAAAGAGGACAUGGAAAGAACCUGCUCAGGGAGUAAAGAAGCAUCUAGCAAAAUUCAAGGUUUACCUUUAAACGUGCAGUAUCAGAACCACAAGUGCUCUAGUGCAUGUCUUGCCAACAGAGCACUGGACUCCUAUAAGGGUGAAAAUCCUCUGAAGAUCCCAAUCCUGUUUGACUUUCAAAGACGCCAUGCCAAAGCAGACUGCCUGUCAAAGUCACUGGAUGUGAAUUACAAAGCUCCUUGCGGUCGGAGUCUGAGAAGCUUUCAAGAUGUGCGAAAUUACUUGUUUGAAACAGAGUGCAAUUUCUUAUUUGUUGAUCACUUUUCCUUCAAUACAUAUGUGCUGUUGGGCAGAAACACCAUGAAUCCUGAGCCCCUUGUGUUUGAGUCCGAUAUUAGCAAUGGAGCUGAGUCUGUGCCUGUCUCCUUCUGUAACAAUCUCGACCACGCAAGAUUGCCUUAUUUCAAGUACCGGAAGUCAUCGUGGCCACGUGGAUAUUAUCUCAACAACUUCUCCAGCCUGUUUGUUGAUUCCUGUGACUGCACCGAUGGCUGCAUCGAUAGGUCAAAAUGUGCAUGCCUACAGCUAACAGCAAGAGGCUGUAGUAAAAUUUCUCUGUCUCCAAGUAGUAAAAGAUCCCGUGGAUACCAUUACAAAAGACUGGAGGGACCUAUUCCUAGUGGCUCCUGUGGAUUAAUAGGUGGCCUGGAGAAGAUGCCAGUUACUUCAGGUGUCUGGGAGAGGAAUUAUGCAAGGAUUUAUGAGUGUAGUGUGUUGUGCAGAUGUGACAAGCUGAUGUGUCAGAACAGAGUUGUACAGCAUGGCAUUCAAGUCAGGCUGCAAGUGUUCAACACAGAGAAGAAGGGCUGGGGUGUCCGCUGCCUGGAUGACAUCGACAAGGGGACAUUUGUUUGUACUUACUCAGGCAGAUUAAUGAGCAGAGCUGAAGCAUUGGGAGAUGCUGAGCAAGAGCUGAAGGAGAAAAGUGCAGUGAAUGACAGAGGCCAUGACUUUUCUUCCAAAAAAAGAAAACUUGGCAUUGAACGUUCAGACUCAGUGAUUGAACUAGUUCAGACUGACAAAAAUGACAUUCUUGAGAAUCAGGAAUCUUUGUCUCAGACUGUGGAUAAUGAAAAUAAACCAACCCUGGUUCAUCUAAAGAACUCAAGUAAUGCAACUGUGAGAAGGCCUGGAACUAGAACACCUGUUUUUCACCAUCACCAGCUAAAAAUGGUGCACAGUGCCAGCUCAGAUGAAGAUGAUAGUUCUCAGAUUCAUCAGUCAAGCAAAACAAAACUAACCAGUGGAACAAAGAAAGGAAAAGAAAAAUCCACCCAGCAGCAGAAGGAAGAGCAUCUGAUGGAAAUUGGACAGACUGACUCUGCUGGUGUAGAGAAUGCAGGAUGCAAAAGAAAGCAUCUGUCACUGCAGGGUGUAGAUUGUGGCACGUCCAGUGUUCUGGAUGACACAUGCAUUGUGAGGCCAUCCAAAAAUGCACCCCUAAAAGCUGACUGCAAAGAAAAUAGCAGGCAGCCAAAACAAGAUGCACUUUGUGAGGAAUCUGAUGGUGAUGGGAUGCUUCCCAGGAAUGCUAAUGAAGAAAAUAUUUAUAUACUGGAUGCCACAAAAGAAGGAAAUGUGGGUCGUUUUAUAAAUCACAGCUGCUACCCAAAUCUCUUUGCACAAAGUGUGUUUGUAGAAACUCACAACAGAAGUUUUCCAUGGGUGGCAUUCUUCACGAACAGACUUGUGAAAGCUGGAACCGAACUCACGUGGGAUUAUGGUUAUGAAGCUGGAAGCAUGCCAGAGACAGAGAUUUCCUGUCACUGUGGAGUUCACAAGUGCAGGAAAAAAACCUUAUAGGCAAAGCUUUCCUACUGUCAACACAUCUUGUACGUGGGGAUUUAUAUGCUGGAAGGGAUGACUGCUCAGCAAACAGCCCUCAAGUCCGUGGUGCUAAUUGCAUUCAACUAAAAUGCCUUUCACCUGAUGAUUUUUUAAAUUCACAUUUAAAUAAUACUUUUGUAGUUUACAGAAUUAGAACUGUUUAUCCUAAGCACAGGCAUAAAACCUUUCCUAGGUAAUUUCUGUUCUCCUAGUCUUCCUCCUCUCUGCUUCUAGUCCACAAGCAAAAGUCAUAGUGCACUGGAAGAAUUUCUGCUCCAUGCCAUCUGCAGCAGGGACUCCACUGAUGAGUACAACAGUUCCUUGGUGCUUUCUGUGCCCCUCCACAGUGCUGAGUUAGCAAAGCUCAAGUUUCUGAAACUCAUUAUGAAUACAAGACUGCCUGUCUGGGCAGUAGGAAUUGUUAAAAUACACCUAAGCCUGUUGGAUCCGGUGGGACAGAUAGUCCUGAACAGAGACAGAAUUAAACAGAACAGUUCUGCAGAGCUGUGUUUGUGCUACAAAAUGAGCUGGACACAUCCUGCUGCAGCAGGGGGAAAUAACUGGGUUUUGUUGGAUUGCACUCCUCUCCACUUCUGUGACACACAGAGAAAUCCUUGAGAAAUCCAGCGUACUUCAUCUCAGUGCCGUAUUGUGUAAGAGACAGGUGGGCCACAGAAUUCCUUACCACAUGGUUUGUUGGUAAGAGAGAAACAAGUUACAUUAGGGGACACGGAGUGCAGAUGCAGGAGGUGGGUCUGAAAUGGAGCAAGGGAUGGGUGUGCAGGUGUGUGGCUUUUGAUUGUGUUGGAGCUUUGGGCAAGCAAGGAGGUGUCACGGAUGAAGAAUUUAAAUGCUUCGGAAGCACCACUUCCAAAGGCUUCAAAUAAAGUGGUUUUAUUAAAAAUGUUGUAAAAGUAAGACUUAACAGUUUGAUAGCAAAGUUUACUUUCUUACUGCAGAGGAUAUGAUAAUUAUUUAAAAUUACCAAUACAAAAUCUAGUGGCACCAUGGUACAAGGCUGUGUGUGACAUGUGUUGCCUACCAAAGACCUGCAGUCGAUCGGGGUCUCUCAGCCUUGAGGAGUAACAUUGAGACCAUCCCAGCUCACAGGGAGAUCACUGCCAUACAGCCAGCUGAUUAGCAUGAGAGCUGAAAAAUGGCUCACUCAGGCUGUCCUUUGUGGAAUAAAGUGGUUGGCUUGAAGUCAAAUUACCUUUGUUGGAGAAGGUAAACAUGAGAGUCUUGUACCUGCACUGUUCUUUGUUCCUUGAUAAAUGAGUCUUGGAAAAACCA